CCCCGCCGAUGGGAAUCCGGCAACCCUCCACACUUCAACAGUACAACACCACAACACCAGUCUCUCAAGGAAAACAAGAUCUCAAAGGCUUGAUCAUUGCAAUGGAGAAGCAAGACCAAGGAUCCGCCCUUCGAGGCGCUACUGACAUCCCGCGACCUGGCUAUCCGCCCAAGGCGCGCAGUCUCGCCCGAUUCAGGGACCUCCCCUAUCUUAUCUGGCUCUUUACGGAAAGUAACUUUCCGACCUUCGUGAUUCCCAAUACUGCCUUCGGUGUCUUAGGUGCUCUGGCGGGUCCAUGCCUCAGCACCCAGGAGAAUCCCUCGAUCGAGGGGACCCUCCUCCGACUUCCCCUCGUGGCCCUCUUCAACUGGGCGAACGUCUACAUCUUUGACCUUGCCAACCAGAGACUUCCCGAGUCGGUGCAGGAGGAUAUUGUGAACAAGCCAUGGCGACCGAUCCCCACUGGGAGGAUCACCUCGGAGCAGACACGCCGGCUGAUGCUCUACUCGAUCCCGACAGUGCUGGGCCUGAGCUUCCUCAUGGGCGUGUGGAGAGAGUCGGCCCUGAUCCUGCUCCUGACCUGGCUUUACAAUGAUCUCAAGGGAGGCGACGAACUGGUCCGGGACCUGAUCAUUGCGGUGGCAUUCGGGCUGUACAACAGCGCCUCCUUGAUCAUCGCCAUGGGAUCCGGCGCAGAAAUCACCCCGCAUGGCUACACCUGGAUCGCGAUUAUCAGCGGAGUCAUCCUUACCACGAUGCAAAUUCAAGAUCUGAAAGACCAAGCUGGUGAUCGGGGGCGUGGGAGGAAGACCAUCCCUCUAUUUUUCGGAGACGUCGUUUCCCGCUGGUCGAUCGCCAUCUUCGUCACCGCUUGGUCUGGCUGCUGCGUGUUCUUCUGGGGUCUUCCGUCGUGGGCAUAUGCUCUGCCAGCGGCGCAGGUGGUAACGCUCGGUGUCUAUAUUGCUUUCCACGUUCUGAUGCGACGGGCCGUGAAGGAUGAUGACCGCGUGUGGCGAUUGUGGUGUCUGUGGUUGAUAACACUCUAUCUCCUGCCUGUCGCCCUACGCUUCCAGGCUAUUCUUCAACCUGGUCGGGUCAAUUGAGGGUCCAACGGUCCAACUCCGUGUUAUGAUGUUCAUGAAGUUUAGAGAGGGGGUUGUUUUGUCAUUUUGAUGGGGUCUAGGUUUAUGUUACGACGUCUACGAAGUAUAUAGCGGGGUCAAUUUGAUCGGGUCCAUUUCAUUGUUCAUGAUGUCAAUGCAGUAUCUAGAGAGAGUCUUGGUUUAUUUCAUAGUACCUAGCUGUGGUAUUCAAUAGAGGAAGAACUUACUACUAUCUAGAGAGAGUCAAUGUCGAUUACGAUACACACUGUAGUUACCAUUUCUUAGAAAAUAUAUCUAGAAGUUCAAUAAAUUGAUCCAUA